UUGAAAUAGAAUCUUAUUUAACUAGAAAUUUAAUAAGCAAUCAAAGUUUAAAAAGUUUUGAUUAUUAAACGAAUGAACGUUCCAAAAUGUAUUGAUAAUAAAAUUAUUGUUGAAAAAUGUGAAGAAGUUUAAUGUUUAAUAUUUUGCUAAAAAGAAAAAUAUUUUAUUGAAAAAACUAUUAGAUUAAUUUUUUCUAAUUCUUUUUUUUUAAAAUUAUAAUUUAAUGAGAAACAAUUUAAUUUGAACUUUGAAGAAAAGUAUUAACAUGCUAAGAACUCAAUAUUAAUUGGUAGAAAAAACUCCUAAUAUGUGAAAGUUGAACGGCCAUUAUUUGCCAUACAGCCCUGAUUAUAUAUAUGGUUUAUAAAUAAAUGUAUGCUGUGAGAAAUUGAAAGUUUUUGUGCAGUAUUUGCGAUUUUGCUCUUAGCAUAGUGCUGAAACAAUAAAAAGAUAGAUAACAAUAUUAGAUUUUUUUGAAACAGUCAUAAAUAAUAAUUGAAUGAGUUUUAACUCAUUAUAAAAUAGAUUAUGGCCAGUACGAACCCAUUAGCAAAUAAUAUUUUAAGAAAUGUUAUUCAAAGGGAAAAUGGUUUAAGUUCAUCGUGUAGCUUCCAAUCAAAACUGUUUGCAGAUCGUUUAUCGAUUUCAAAAAAUCUAUUUAAAAGAGACUUGGUGUCUCAUUAUGGCUGCAUCAAUGCUAUUGAAUUUUCCAGAGAAGGCAAUUGGUUAAUAUCUGGUGGCGAUGAUCGUCGUGUCCUGUUGUGGAAUUUGCAUAAGAGUAUGUUGAAUAUUGAAGAACCGAAUGCUAUGCUGAAACAGCAUUUAAGCAAUAUCUUUUGCUUAAGCUUCGAUUCAAAAAAUACACGAGUAUACUCAGGGGGCAAUGAUGAUAUGGCGAUUAUUCAUGACAUAACAAGUGGCGAUUGCAUCGAUGUAUUUUACCAUACAAAACCAAUUUACGGACUGGGUGUUGAUCCAUUUAAUGAUAAUAUUUUUGCUACAGCUGGUGAAGAUGGGCGAGUUUUACUUUUUGACUUACGAGCUUCUAAUGCAGAGCCAAAAACUAUCGUAAAAUAUCGUGCUCCAUUUCAUGCUGUUCAAUUUCAUCCGAUUGAUAAUAAUUUUAUGAUUACGGCUAACGCAAAAGAAGGAGCCGCAUUGUGGGAUAAUCGAUCUCAGCGAAUGCCUAUUAUUCGUUACGGUGGUGAAGAUGCAUCUCAAAGUUGCAUGAGUGUCCGUUUUAACGCUAAUGGGACACUUUUAUUGGCUCUUCGUCGACGACUUCCACCUAUAUUAUAUUCUACAAUUGAUCAUGAGCCGAUUUGUCAAUUCUAUAAUCAAGACUAUUACAAUUCAUGUACAAUGAAGAGCUGCACAUUUGCAGGACCUUUCGAUGAGUAUGUUCUCUCCGGAUCAGAUGAUUUUAAUCUUUAUGUUUGGAGAGUUAAUGAUGCAGAUCUUGAAAGUCGCCAUCAAUGGGUUGAUAAAAAUCAAAUUGUCCUUUACGGCCAUCGAUCUAUAGUCAAUCAAGUGCGUUACAACCCCCAAAGAUGCUUAUUAGCCUCGUCAGGCGUUGAAAAAAUCAUUAAAUUAUGGACACCAUUUGAAUUAGACCAAUGGACAGGUAGUUUAACAGAAACACAAAUUGAUAAUGUUCGUGAGGUCUUUACACAUGAGGAAUAUAUUUCGCUGGUUCAUUCCAACGGACAAAAUAUGACUCAUGAUUAUAGCAAUCAGAAUACAAAUGAGGAUCCAAGAAUGAUUGCAUUUUUCGAUUAUUUAGUGCAGCAAGAAAUCGAGGGAUGGAGUAGCGAGAGUUCAAACCAAAGCUCUGACCAUACAUCAGAAAAUUCAUCACGUCCCGAUAGUCCAACAAGUGAUACGGAAAGAGAUACAGCAGUGAACAUACAAACUGUUAAAACAGUAGUUAAUCGUAAUCGUGAUACUCUUCGUCGAGGAGAAGCCAGCCAUCGUCAUAAAUAUCGCAAUCGAAUUGCAUUUCUGAUAGCCACAAAACGAAAAUCACUCAAAAGGUUAGCAUUGAAGCGUUGUGCUAGGAAUAUAAACUCGAGAAGACUGAAGAACAAAUAUAUUCCUAGACAAAGUAAGCGGGCAUCAAAUUUGAGAAGCGUGAAUAGGAAACCUUAUGAUAAGAAAACCAGAAGACUUAGUGUUCAGAGUAAAUACAAGCACGUGUCUAGAGAACAGACAAGUGAUUCAGAAGUGCCAAUUAAGAGACGUCGAAAUCGUUCACACACGGGAAAUUUGUCAUAUCGGGCAUUUAGACGAAAAGCCAAAACUCCUUUAUCAUCAGCAGCAUCAAAUACAAGCACUAGGGUUGCAGAUAAAUCUGAUUCCAGUUCAGACUAUGAUGACAAUAUUAAUUUAGUAAAUAAUAUCAAUAAUUCUAACGAUAUCAGAGACACAAAUCCAUCUAUUCCGAUUCCGAGCACCAGUACUGGCAUUACGGCAAACGGGAAAAAUUUCAUCUUUCGUUUUGCAAGUGCUCCAAAUAAUACAUACGAUUCGGACGAUGAUCAGUCACUUCCUGAUACCAACCAAUCAAUCAAUAACCAUCUGUUGCGGAUCAACAAUAAUCACAAUCAUUCCAAUAAUUCUGCAAUAAAUUCUAAUUCUAAUAAUUUGGAAUAUAAUGAUGGAGCAAGUACAAGUACUCAUCGAAGCUUUUUGAAUUCAUCUCAAAAAAGUCAUUAUAACAAUCAUAGUCACGAGAUUGGAAGACGAAAAAAGUAUAAAACUCACGAGAGUGAGCAUGAUUUUGAAGAUUAUGUUUCAACCAACAAUUCCAACUCACUUUUAUCAAGUACUGAAAGCAGUAGUAAUGACAGUUAUCACGAAUAUUUUAAUGCCAAGAAGAGGAGGCUCAACAGCCAAACAAGCAAUGGAGAAGCUUCAACUAAUAAUAUAUUCGAAACACCGCCAAUAAAGAAAACUACAGACAGCGGCAUUGCUGAUGAAACAAUGACUCCCAAUACGAGUAACUCAAGAGAAAAUGCUAGAAAUUCUAUGAAUGACGUGAUAACAAAAUUUGAUGAUGUAAAGAGAAACUAUAGGAAGAACAUGAUUACAUCAGAUGAUUCUGACUAAAUAUUUAUUUAAUAAUUAAUUAAGAGAAAGAGAGAGAGAGAGAAAAAAACAUAAGAUUCAUUUUUUAUAAACUCAUCCACUGUAUGUUCGUAUCCUGUUUAUCUAUAAUAAAGUAUUAGUGUAUUUUUAAUUCUCUAGCAUUUUUCUGCAUCUUUGAAUAUUGUUUCAUACAUUAUCUAGCGACUCGUGAUUUCUGAAAUUCUCAUUUAUGUGGCUUAACUGAUUGAUCUAUAAUUUUUGAGUAGCACCUGAAAAAAUUAUGUUUUUAUGUGCUAAAAAUUGUUAAAGUCAAUAAAACAACUUAAUUUCUUUUUGUUAUAAAAGUAC